AUGAGUCCUGACACCCAGACACUUUUCGGCUUCACGUCUGUUGCUUCAUCAGCACAGGUAUUGCUGUCAUCCGUGAAACCCUCUUCUCCUGCACCUUUCAUUCCAGUAUCAGCAACACCCGUCCCAAACACAGUUCUGUCUCAUCGCAUCAAUGAAUAUGCUCAAUCUCACCUCCCGGUCCCAACCUACAAUCACUCCCUCCGGGUCUACCAUUAUGGGUUGGCGAUGAAAUCAUAUCUCUUCCCCGCCUGGGCUUUCACUGAUGAAACCUAUUUUCUCGCUUGCGUUCUCCACGAUAUCGGAUCGACAGACGAAAAUCUGAAGGCCACUAAGCUGAGCUUCGAGUUCUAUGGUGGACUUUUGGCGUUGGAUGUUUUACAGAGAGCCCCAGCUUCAGCUCCCGAGACUGCCGCCCCCAAGGACCAAGCCGAAAGCGUUGCUGAGGCUAUUAUCCGGCACCAAGAUCUAUGCGAAAAUGGAAAGAUUACGGCUGUCGGACAGCUAUUACAGCUGGCCACUAUAUUUGACAACACCGGUGCUUAUUCAGAUUGUGUCCACCACUCGACCAUCGAGGAUGUCACCAAACACUUCCCCCGCAUAAAGUGGAGCAGCUGCUUUGCUGCUACCAUCCAUAAGGAGAAUGAGUUGAAGCCGUGGUCGCACACCACAACUUUGGGAGAGAACGCUUUUCCGGAAAAGGUGCUUGGAAACAAGUUGAUGGAGCCAUUUGAGUAA